AUGCAUUGUUCAUUUGUUGGCUCUGCGACUUCCUAUUUCAGACACAAAAUUGAAACUUGUUUCCUCACAUUUGAAAAUCCAAUUCAAUUUGCAGAUUUCUGUAUUAUGAAAUUCAUCAACAAUUUCACAGAAAAUGUGUUUUCUUGCUUAUCCACUGAUGAAGUUUGGGAAAAUAUCGACAUCGCUUUUUCGCGAAAAACCGAAGCAGAGUGAACAGUGGACAACAACUGUAAACAAAACUUUGUUCAAGUAAAUUAAGAUAUUCAGAAAACAAACCAAAAAAAACAUUAAAAGAAACUUUAACAGUGUCAAAGUAAAUCUUUCCAAUUUACCUGUGGAAUGUUUUCUCACAACCACGAAACUCGCGAUUAAACAAGUUAAAGGUCGGCAUGGUUGUUUUGGGAGUAUCAAGAUGGCGGAUGGCGACUUCAGUUUUGGUUUUAAAAUCAGUGAGCGCAAAUCUGUUUGUUUUAACCCGGAAACAUUUUAGCGUUGCACCACACACACGUUUAAGAAAAAUGGCGAGAAGUGAGACUGACGGUGACGCGGAGGAGGACACAAACGACCCCGGAGCGGCUCCGUAUGGAAACUUCAUCAAUUAUUACACUUUCAAUCCACCGGAGAACCGUUUAAGUCUUCUUCCCACCACGCUUCUUCGGGAUUUAGGCUACGACGACAGCCGUGAGGCGAUAUUACUGCUGGACGUGGGCUGUAACUCGGGGGAACUCAGUGUCGCCCUCUACAAACAUCUGGUGGAGACACCAGAGGGAAGCAACGUUCACUUACUGGGUCUGGACCUGGACGAGGGCCUCAUCCGGCGAGCCCGGGACGGCAACCCCCUCCCGGGCAGGGUCACGUUCGCCCCGCUGGACAUCACCGGCGACUGCGCGCCGCUCCGGGAGCACCUGGCCCGCCGGGGGUGCUCGCGUUUCCACCUGACCGCCUGCCUUGCCGUCACCAUGUGGGUCCACCUGAACCACGGCGACGCCGGCCUGCUCCGGAUGCUCUCCCGCCUGGCCGAGCUCAGCCGGCACCUGCUGCUGGAGGCGCAGCCGUGGAAGUGCUACCGCUCGGCGGCCCGCAGGCUCCGGAAGCUGGGCCGCUCCGAUUUUGACCACUUCAAGGACCUUCGAGUAUGCGGCGACGUGAGCGCCCACGCCAGGGAGCACCUGGAGCGACGCUGCAACAUGGACUUGGUGCGCAGCUUUGGCAGCACCGCCUGGGGAAGGAACCUGCUGCUUUUUAAGCACAAGUGAUGAGCAAACAUUCACCUCUGAAAUCCAUUCAUCCAUUCUCUUAGCCGCUUAUCCUCAUGAGGGUCGUGGGGAGCGCUGGAGCCUAUCCCAACUGUCAACGGGCAGGGGGCGGGGUACACCCUGAACAGGUUGCCAGCCAAUGGCAGGCCGCAUUCACAAUCACACCUAUGGGCAAUUUAGAAAUGUUGUGUGGCCAGAGGAAACCCACGCGGGCAUGGGGAGAACACACAAACUCUACACAGGUGGGUCCGGGAUCGAACCCGGGUCCUCAGAACUGUGAGGCCAACGCUUUACCAGCUGGACCCACCGUGCCGCCACAAGUCAUCUUUCCAUAAUAAAAUGUACGAAAGCGCCACUUUGUUUCAGUGCCCCCACCCUAAAAUGUGCUUUUUCAAUCGCGUUUGCCAUUUUUCAAAGUAAAGGUGAGGGCUUAAAAAAUAAACCUCUGCAAUAUUUUAGUUUAUAUAACAUGCAUUAAAAGACAUUUUAAUAGUUUGUGCACCAUGACGUCAUGCAUCAGCGCCCGUGAUCUUGUGCUCCUUGUUCUGGUGUUCAUGGCUUGGUCACCAGGAGGCAGUAUAAUACAAUUAUUACACAAAAGAGAAAAAGCCAUGUCAUGUCUUAUCCUUACAAGGGUUUUCAGGAAAGCUGGAGCCUAACCCAGUUAGCUUCAGGCAAAAGGCGGUCUACAUCCUGAAUUUAUCACCAGUCAGUCGCAAGGUAGAUAUUCACACCAUCACUGAGCGGGAAUCGAUCCCACGCUUCCUGCACCAAAGGGAGGCGUGUGUACCACUACGCCACCAGUAACGCAAAGAUAGUCACAACUGUUAACUGGAAGAUGCAGUAAGGUUAGUUCCUCGACAAAACCACUACAAGCUUAGUUCGCCUGUAUAUGACGUUUUUGUGUGUUAGCACUACGCCAGCAUACUUUCUUACAAUCUGGUUGAAUACGGAAUAUGUAAUUGCCUUUGUUUAGUUUGACCAAAAACAAACUGGGAGCAGCAAUAAACUGUC